AUAUAUAAACAAAACACAGAAAUUAAUUAAUUUCUAUUAACUAAAUUAAAUCAACAUUUGGUUUAAAACAGCUUUUGUCCUAUAUACUUGCACAAAGUUUCUUUUCAGGUAGCUUUGCAGGUAGGUUUCUUGAAGCGUCUUGGAGACGUUGCCACAGUUCUUCUGGAUUUAGUCUGUCUCAGUUUGUUCUGUUUCUUCAUGUCAGUCCAGACAGACUGGAUGAUGAUCAGAUCAGAUCUCUGUGUGGAGCACUGGCUGUUGUCAGACUCCUUGUGCAAACAAAAAUCUCACUGGAUUAUUACAAUUAAUGGCAGAAGUAGUGUUUGGAAAUGUAAACUGAUAUUUACUGACACACUACAGCAAAAAUAGAAAUAACUGGCUUCAAACCUUUUUAUAUAUAUAUAUAUAUAUAUAUAUAUAUAUAUAUAUAUAUUUAUUUAUUAAAUAAUUGUAUUAGUAUAUUAUUUGUAUUAUUAUUGAAAAAAUGUUCGAUAUUGGCUAUAUGCCAUUAAUAUCUUGUUUGUUUUUCCCACCAGAAACCUAACUAAGUCAGGGCAAUCUACUUGCCAAAACACAAAGGAGUCUUCUUUUAAUUGCUCUCAGACUAAAACCCAACCUGAAGCAUUUAAAGAGGUGCCCAAACGUCAGUAGAAGUGAUGUUUUGUGUCAUGUGCUGAAGCGACUGUCUUUGUGCCAUAUUAAGAAGUGAUGUUUUGUGUCAUGCGCUGAAGUGAAAGUCUUUGCGCCUUUGUUCGCUGUCCAUUCUAUUUCAUGAUCAGACAAGGGUCGGAGAAGAAGCUGUUAUGCCUUCACGCGAUGCGUCAAGGAAAAGGGCUUUUGGUGGUGCUGCUCGUGUUGCACUGGAGCGCGCGCGGCAGCGCGGUGACGGACGGUUCAACUGAGACUCAUCCCCGAUGUGACACUGAUGGAUCGACUGUAAGAUGCACAUUGGAAGAGACUCAUUUGAUGAGUCCUGACCCAAUUAAACUGGAUUUCACUGAAGGACAAACUGUUGAAAUUUACAGUGCAUGCCAACAAAACGGCUCAGAUGGGCUUAAAUGUCUCUGCCACCAAAGGAUAAAUACCUCUAUGCAUGCAUUACAGCACACUGAGAGAUUUGGAAACGAAACAUACACUGUAAUCUGUGGCAAUCAUAGUGUUACAGUUGUUCGGUCACCACAAAGGAGGCCAUCAGUUCCAGUGCUCAAAGCUAUCGCAAAAGCAGGGUAUACAAAUAUGGCUCAAUUAGUGUGUACUUCUGAGGGGAACCCAAAACCAACCAUAUGGUGGUAUGGUAACAGAAAUAAUCCAGUGGAGGGCAAGAAAAAUAAGUGGUAUAAGACAGAGAGCAUUGUGACGAGUGACGAUGAUCAUCAUGCAAGUUCAAAUGUUAUGUGCUGUGCCAGCAAUUCACUGGGAAAAGAAUGUACUCAGCUUCAUCAUUUCGAUCUCAAUAGUGAUGUGGAUGGGCAAAAGGCUCAGACGAUUUUCCUGAAAUCUGGUCAGUCUCUGCUACUCCGAUGCACCAUAAAUUCUAUGGAUGCUCCUGAACUGAGAUGGCACUUCAAUAACACAGCAGUCAAGGGAAUCACAUCGUUAUAUUUGACAGACUGGACAGAAUACUUCUUUAUUGAAUCAGUGAACGUGACACAUAGUGGGGAGUAUAUCUGUGUAUCUAAAAACAUCCAAAAUAACACCUAUGUCAGGGUCCUUGAAAAUGACAAAAUCGACAUAUUGCAGUUGAAUGAGAACAACAUUAUACUAGCACAAAAUAAGGAAAGCUUCUGCUUCCAGGCUGUGGUGUUCUCCUACCCAAAAGCCCAGUGUCACUGGAUUACACCAAAUCAAACCAAAAUACAGUGCAGAGAGACUCAUUACCAUCAUUUUAAAAGUACAUUUAAGCUGUGUAACCUUGAACCAGGCCAAUAUCAAAUGAAACUAAAGACUCAGCACUAUAGUGUCAUAAGGAAUAUGUCUCUCUGCAUUUCAGAUCCUAAAAUUGCAAUAAAAUUAAACAAUGAUUCAAAUGUCGUCUCUUGUGAGACUGAAAGCUUUGAACCUUUGAAUGCAUCCUGGAAGAUCUGCCUAUCACAUACCAAUUGUAAUAAUGAAGGCUGGAAAGAGAUACCUGUUGCCCAGCUCAAGGUCAUGGAUUCAGAUCAGUUCUGUCAGAAGAAAAUUCACUUUGCCAAACACAGAUCGAACAGCGAGGACCAUUUAAUCAAAUGCUGCAUCUCUAAAGCAGCAGGGACUGAAUGUUGUAGUGACCAAAUACGACUUUCAUCAACUUUCCCCAGUAUUGAUUAUGUGAUUUGUUUCCUGGUCAUCUUAAUUCUCCUCACGAUAAUCUUAGCCUUAAUCAUCUUCAUCAGAGUUAAGAAGCCUGGGUACCAGUGUCAGAUCCAGAUGAUUCAGAUGAUCGGACCCAAUGACAAUGACUACAUAUAUAUUGAUUUCAGGGAGUUUAAGUAUGACCUGAACUGGGAAUUUCCACGAGAAAAUCUUGAGCUUGGGAAUGAGCUGGGAUCUGGAGCUUUUGGGAUGGUUGUGCAGGCUACAGCAUAUGGGAUCAGCAAGCCAGGAGAGUCUAUUCAGGUAGCAGUAAAAAUGUUAAAGGACAAGCACCAGGCAGUGGAAAAGGAAGCUCUGAUGUCUGAACUGAAAAUGCUGACUCAUAUUGGACACCAUGAAAACAUUGUCAACUUGCUCGGAGCUUGUACAGGCUCAGGUCCUAUUUACCUGAUAUUCCAGUACUGCUGUAACGGAGAUCUCUUGAACUAUCUGAAGAGCAACAGGGAACGUUUUCACAAAUAUCUGACAGACGCUUUCAACAGGGACAGAUUCAGGGGCCUCUACCACAACUUCCAGGAGAAGAGAAACUCCAGUGAGUAUAUUGAGCCUGAUAACAACCAAUACGUGCACAUGACUCCCUCAACCAAAGCACAGGAGAACGAGGCGCUCCUCAGUCCCAGCAUCAGCUCAGUGUCUAUUAUUGAGGAAAUGCUUGAAUGCGAAGACAAACAUCAAGAAGAGGAACUUCAAAGUCUCACCUAUGAUGAUCUUCUGAGUUUCUCUUUUCAAGUUGCAAAGGGCAUGGAGUUCCUGUCCUCUAAAAAUUGUAUCCAUAGGGACUUGGCAGCCAGAAAUGUUUUGGUGACACACGGCAGACAGGUGAAGAUCGGUGACUUUGGCCUUGCAAGAGACAUUGAACAUGAUUCCAACUACGUUGUAAGAGGAAAUGUGUGUUUGCCCGUGAAGUGGAUGGCACCUGAGAGUAUUUUCAAAGGGGUUUACACAAUGCAGAGUGACGUCUGGGCCUACGGCAUUUUGCUAUGGGAAAUCUUUUCUCUAGGAGUCACCCCAUAUCCUGGUAUAACUGUGAAUGAGGCAUUCUACAGAAUGAUUGAAAGUGGAUAUCACAUGGAGCAGCCCUAUUAUGCUGAAGAGUCUGUUUACAAGGUGAUGUGUCGCUGCUGGAUGCUUGAUCCGGUCGACCGGCCUUGUUUCUCCAAGCUUGUGGCUUUCAUGGAAAAACAGCUGGCUGCUUUGGAAGAGAGGCUGUAUUACAAUGCUGGAGGAUACUGCUACAAUGACAUAACAUACCAGAAUGCACCCAUGACCCCUGAUGCUACAUUGAUGGAGAAAAAAACAGGAUGUUUGCCAGUCCAAGACUGAAAAUUCAGAUGAAAGCAAAGCUGUGGACAAUCCUGGGUCAGUAAGAACAGAACGUCUCGUUUGAACAUAGAAGUUUAAGCCUUGCAUUAGGAAAACAUAAUCCAUAACUUGUGCUUCCAUUAAUAGCCACUUACACAUAGCAAUUUUAAUUUUUAAGAGAAAAUGUGGAGGGAAUUGGAAUGAAUAACCUAUGUGCAUAUUGUACCACCAAUAAUGCGUUUAAUAUUUUUUGAUUAUGGGUUAUUAACAAAUUUCCAAUUUUGUCCACGCGUGUUUACACUGUAAUUAAUAGCUUACAGUAUUUAAAUGUUGUUUUGUGCAGGAAGCUUCUUUAAGAACUUAAAUGUAUAUAAAUAAAAAUAACAAACCUUCCCUAUUUUAAUUAGAAUUGUCUUAGAAUUCAAUUAGAAAUUGUACCUAACCACUGUAACAGCUGAAUAACCUGUUUUUGUACUCCAUAAUGUAGGCUUACAAGAGAUGCUGUGUUUCAGAAGUAUAACAGAUUAUGAAUUAUUUUAUUUUUUGCUACACUUUGCAGAUGAAAUUGCUCUAUUUUUAUAACCAAAAAAAUUUAUCAUCUUAAUUUUACAUUUUUCAUUAUAUUUAUUCAAUCAUUUUAGACAUUUAUGGUUUUUAAUCAUUGUUCUUGAAAUAUUAUUUAUCAUGUAAUAAGAAUAGUCUACAGUACUUAUGCUUAUGCUUAACAGAAAUGUAAUUUACACAUUGUGCAGAUUUUCUAUAAACAAUAUAGUCCAUAGCUUGCAUUUCAGUGUCUUUUUGACAGUCAAUAACUCUUACUGUUUAGGUUAAGCAUUCCUAACUUUUUUCAGUCCACUGAGACAGAAAAUAAGUGGGCAUGAUAAUUGUUAUAUAGUAAUAUAUAAUAGUUAACAAACUGUAAAAUGUUUAUGAAAAUAUUGAAAUAUAUUUGUAUGUAAGGUUUAAGGUGAAAAAACAGCAAAUAAAACAAUACAAAUUGUG